UGCCCCAUCCCGGGGUCAUGAUGGGCAGCAAGAUGGCGUCUGCCAGCAGGGUCGUUCAGGUAGUCAAGCCACAUACUCCAUUAAUAAGAUUCCCUGACAGAAGAGACAAUCCUAAACCUAACGUAUCAGAAGUUUUGAGAUCAGCAGGACUACCAUCUCACUCUUCUUCAAUUUCACAACAUUCUAAGGGAAGUAAAUCACCAGAUUUGCUGAUGCAUCAGGGUCCACCAGACACUGCAGAAAUAAUAAAAACAUUACCUCAGAAAUACAGAAGGAAACUUGUAUCUCAAGAAGAAAUUGAAUUUAUCCAACGUGGAGGUCCGGAAUAAUCACUGACAGUGUGGCUGCUAUUUAUCAUCAGACAAAAAAAUAGUCUUUACAAUAAAGACUGUCCAAAAAUCCAAAAUGGCACAUGAGAAAUUAUAUAGCAAACAACUUGAAUACUCU